UUUUUUGUGUGUUGAUGCUGGAGAGGUGCAGCUGUUGGAUGCCAAUCGCCGAUAACACCCCACCGAGGAAGAAGAAGAAGCGGUGCAGCCAAUCGUUGGAGGAAGACUCACGUUUACCCAGUUAUUCUUGCUGUAGGCUACUAAAAUAUGGAAAAAUCUCUCAAACUGCACUCCGAUCUAGCAGAGGACGUGGCUACGUCUUCGAGCUUUCGUCAAUUCAAGAUAAAACACUUCCACUUGGAUCUAAGCGUGGACUUUGAGAAGAGAACUUUGAGAGGAACUGAAACGCUACAGCUGAAAUGCAUCCAAGAUUCUCAAAGCGAGCUACUGUUGGACAUUCAUCCCUCCCUCUCAAUGCAAGAGGUGUCCUACUGCCGAAGUGAAGAUGAUUCGGAUUCAGUGAAAGUAGAAUUCAUGACGCGCAAUUUCACCAGUUAUGGCACCACACUGGUUGUAAAAUUCCCAGCACCAUGUAAAAUUGAGGAACAGUUUCGAGUGGUGGUCAAGUUUCUUGCAUCCGAUGGACCAGGGAUAUCAUGGCUGGAGCCUGCUCAGACUGCCGAAAAGAAAGAGCCUUUCCUCUACACCUCUGGCUUCCCUGUGCUGAACCGCAGCCUGUUCCCUGGCUUCCACACCCCCAUGACUAAGAGCCCCUACUCGGUUGCUGUGAAGGUAAAGUGUGCCCCUACCUCUACACUCAAACCCUGGUCUCUGCCCCCCUGACCCACUAGGUGUGCUGGCUGGAUCCAGAGCAGACAGCUGGGAAGGCCAAGCCUUACGUCUUCACCCAGGGCCAGGCUGUGCUCAACCGCUCCUUCUUCCCCUGCUUUGACACGCCGGCCGUCAAGAGCACCUACUCGGCCGCCGUGAAGGUUCCUGAUGGUUUCACAGCAGUCAUGAGUGCCAGUAAGGGAGAACACAGGAUGGCAGACAACACGUUCCUGUUCACCAUGGAACAGCCCAUCCCCUCCUACCUGGUGGCCUUGGCUGUAGGAGACUUGGUUUCUGCGGAGGUGGGGCCAAGGACCCGAGUAUGGACAGAGCCAUGCCUGCUGCAGGCAGCCAAGCAGGAGUACGACGGAGUCAUCGAGGAAUUUCUGGUUGUGGGGGAGAAACUAUUUGGACCCUACGUCUGGGGAAGGUAUGAUGUGCUGUUCAUGCCACCGUCAUUCCCCUUCGGGGGUAUGGAGAACCCCUGCCUCACUUUCGUCACCCCCUGCCUCCUGGCCGGAGACCGCUCACUGGCUGAUGUCAUUGUGCACGAGAUCUGCCACAGCUGGUUCGGUAAUCUGGUAACCAAUGCCAACUGGGGUGACUUCUGGCUCAACGAGGGCUUCACCAUGUAUGCCCAGCGCCGGGUGUGCAGGGAGAUCUACGGAGAGGCCAUCACUAGUCUGGAGGCAGCCACUGGGAGGGCUUUACUCAGACAGCACAUGGACAACACCGGAGAGGACCACCCUCUCAAUAAACUGCGUGUGAAGAUCAAACCAGGUGUUGACCCUGAUGACACUUACAAUGAGACGCCUUAUGAGAAGGGCUUCUGUUUUGUCUCUUACCUGGCCCACCUGGCUGGAGACCAGAGUCACUUCGAUGCCUUCCUCAAGGCCUACAUUGACAAGUUCAAAUUCCGCAGUGUUAUGGCAGAGGACGCUCUGGAGUUCUUCCUGGAGUAUUUCCCUGACCUGAAGAAGAAAGGAGUAGAUAUGAUUAAGGGUCUGGAAUUUGAUAGAUGGCUCAAUGUGCCCGGUUGGCCUCCCUACCUCCCUGACCUGUCGGCUGGCAAGAGCCUGAUGAAGCCUGCUGAGCAGCUGUCAGAGCUGUGGGCUGCCGAGGUCCUGGAUAUGGCCAGCAUCAAGAAGACCAACAUCCAGGCAUGGAAGACUAACCAGGCUGUCUACUUCUUGGAAAAGAUCAUAGAGAAGUCCCCACUCCCUAGAGGUAAUAUGGAGAAACUGGAGGAGCAGUACCCUCACAUCGUGAUGUCAAACAACGCUGAGCUACGACUGCGCUGGGCCCAGAUCGUCGCCAAGAAUUAUCACCAGCCAGGAUAUCAACAUGUGCGCAGCUUCCUCAGCUGUCAGGGGAAACAGAAGUACACACUGCCUGUGUACCGUGCACUGUGGAAUGGAUCAGAGGAGACCAGGGCUUUGGCCACAGAGAUCUUCAGUGCCACCUCCCAUCAGCUCCAUGUCAACGUCCGCAACUACGUCAAGAAGAUCCUUGCCUGUGCGCCAUCAUAGGAGCUGAACAUGAGAUCCAGAGUCUAGUCUCACUGACCCUGGCCUAGAGAUAUAAUAGAGGAGUAGUAGUCUUACCCAGUACUUUCAGAUGGCCUCCUUUAUUUAAAUGUACUGUACCAGGUUAGAUUGAGAUGCCAAUAUCAUCUAGCUUGGUCAGUGGUUACCAAGGAAAAGAGGCCAAUUUACAUAUUUUACGGCAUUUUUGGUAUUUACGCAGGCCAGCCUUAAAGGCUCUGCUGUGGGUAUGUCUUACUUUAAAGUACUUACUGUGGGAGGGCAUACAACUAAUUUAAGUAGUAUUGGUUAAAAAAAAAUGAAGGGAAAAUAAAAGUAGGUAUUACUUUGUUGUAUUGAGUAUGUAAAGCAUUGAUUAUGCUUUUUUUCACCCAAACUAAGCUGUAUUUUAAAUGUUCCAAACAGUAAAAGUACAUUCUUCUGAAGUAAAUCUAGUAAUUGGUUUUCAAGAUUCAA